UAGGAUGCUUACUGGGGAAUUGAGGCGGUCUGAAGGAGGCUGGAGUCAAAUUCCUCACCGCGUAGGAGCUCCAACACGACACAGGGCAUCGACUAACGGACCGCUCGCCCAGCGACUGAGCAAUGAUCCGCACGAUUGACAAUCAGACAAAACUCGUCCAAUUCGUCAUCUGUCUAUCCCGUGUCGGAUAUUACAUUGCCAUUCUUUAUUAGAUCUUUUUUUUUAUUUUUGCACUGAUUGCUGCUCACACGCAACCGGAGGACUCGUUUGCGUCAGAAAUCCCACCAAACUUUUAGAUUGCAGAAAUGUUUACCAAGGAUCAACUUGCAGCGUUAAAAAGUUGCUCUACUUAGUUGCACUGUAAGUUUUUAAACAAAGAAGUCUCUUGACUUUUCCACAGCGGAAGUGAGCUCAGUCAUGCUCCGUGUCAUCGCGUAGUUGCUGAACGUCACAUCGUUGGACCAUCAGCUUCUUCGUCCUUUUCUUCAUGGAGACAUGUUUGCUGGAUUGUUGGGCCUGAAAUGCCACGGCAACUCUCUGCAUCGCCACAACCAAGGACGUAUGGAAGCUGGACCAGAACCCUGGGAACUCUCACACAUCUGGCUGUGUGUUAUUUUCAAACAUGAAGCUUGACUGAAGUUAAGGGCCCCAUCAAUGAGCAUAAAAUCCGCCUUCGUUUUAACAAUGGUGGCAGAGCCUCAGGGACAGCUGGCAGCGUCGGCCGUAAGAGGCUCCACCGGAGGCCUGGUUACAUGAGAGGGGAGCAAUCCAGACCGACAAGCACCAGCGAUGAUCCGGAAGACGUGGAGGAUGAGGACAGAGAAGACGAAGCAAUUUGCAUAAGGAAUGGCAAAAGUGGAUGUCAAACUAAAGGGAUGAGUCAAUCGUCUGCUGUCAUAAUGUCUCCAAUGAAAAUUGCACAACCUGACAAAUCCUCCCACGACGUCACUCCUCCCUCCAACGAUGACUGUGCCCUCAGUCAACCAAACAGUGAACUCACGUUAACCCAAAGUUCAGUACUUCCCCAUUCAACUACCCAGGGAGAGUCUUUCAAUUCCAGCUUCAGUUUUAUUCAACAGUCUCUUAGGAGUCUCUCUGCCCCCGCAACACCAACACAUGACCCAGAAGCUAAAACCACAGAAGUGCCUAACGUCUCUGAAUUUGAACCAGCAUUGUCGUUUUUUGAUCAACCUGAGUCAAAACCAUCCACCCAGGUCACAUCCAACUCUGUCCCAAGCAGCCACGAAGAAAAGGAGACACUCGGACGAUUUUGGGGGGAACGUAUGUGGGGCAGCAGGGAGGUGUCUUCUUACCUGCCCAAUAGUGACUUCCAAUGUCUGGAUUCAGAAAUCACCUCUUCACUGUCACUUGACUCGGACACCGCCUCUGCAUCCUCAGUUACGUCGGGAUACGAGAGCAACACACCUGCUUCGGACCAAGGCUGGGACAAUUUGGUGAAGAAGUAUGACCACGUGCUGCAAGACUGUCUCCAAAACAACCGGACGCACACUAAGAUCGAGUCCAUGAUGUUAAAGCUCCAGAGAUUGCAACAAAAAGCCAUUGUGGACGAUGACUAUGACGCAGCUGAGCGAUUUGGGAAAAAGCUGGAGGAACUGUGCAAGGAGCGAGAAGCUCUGAAGCUGGGCUUACCAUCCAGACAGCCGAGUGUGGCUCUGUUUCUCCAGAGGCUCAGAGAGGUGGUGCAGAGCGCCCUCUACAGGACAGACAGUGGUCAGCACAGGUCAGUCACACAAGGGUUGGGAGCAGAAUACGAUGGAGGAGAGCCGUCAGAUUCAGUGCGCCGUCGAGAUCGUCUCACCCAAGAGAAACAAUCAGUAGAGGAGGAAAUCAAGGAACUGCAGCAGAGAUUGGCAGAACUAAAGGAUCGCAGUCAAUGUCUGGACCAGCAGAUCCAGCAAGAGGAGCAGCAAAUGGAGGCUGAGGAGCUGGAGGGCUCCGUGCUGAGGAGCUGCACCUCGGUCCAGCUCAGAGACUUGAGCCUAACGCUUCACGAUCUUGUGAUGUCUGAGAACCGCAUCCAGAUCUCCGUCUCUCCUCCUCCCUCCAUGCUCAGACUUCAGGAACAGGAGCAGGCAUUGAAUCUAUCCAUCAAGGAAGCUACUGCCAAAGUGGUCAUGAGUCAGAAGCUGGGCAGCAGCCUCAGGAGGAAAGUCAGUGAGACUGAAACUCAGCUCUUAGCUUUGCAGGAAGCCAAACUGGCCGCCAUCUCAGGGAACGACUUCAGCAGUGCCAAGGAGCUGAAGGCUGAGAUGAAGGCGGUGUACCAGGAGCAAGAGCGACUGGAGGCUCUGGCCAAGCGGCUGCACAGUCUAAGCUCAGGUAGCAGCCAAGAGCUAGCCAGGAUGAAGGAGCAGCGGCAGCAGCUCAGACAGGAGUUGGAGCACCGGGAGGUGCAGCAUGAAAGCCAGCUGAAGGACAAUGCCGUCAAGUACAUUGAGCUAUUAGAAGACAGGUUGCACAGCUGUAGCUGUUCCGGCUUGGAGCGGAUUUGGGAGGCCGACCUGGAGGCAUGUCACCUGUUCUUAAGAGGCUUGCAGCUACGGACGUCCAUCAGUUGCGGAGCGGACGUGGACGACCAUCUCGCCACAACUGACUGUGCUACAAGUCAAGUGUGCGCCAAAGAGGAAGAAGACAGCGCCAUGUUGACAGCUUUAGGCGGCCGUUGGUGUCCCGAGGCCAAUUUACAGAACUCGGAGUUCACCAAGAAAUUGGAGGAGUUUUUGUUCUGCAUGGAGGAUAACAACCCACAGCAGGACGUGUCCAGCGAUGACGAGGCAGCAGACCUCUCCGAGCGCUGCGAGCUGAUCAGUGACAGACUAAUGACCUUGGAGGACGACUUACAGACGGCCAUAGAGAACCGGGACCAGGCCCUCGCUGAGUCGCUGGAGAGGCAAGUUCAGGAAGUUAAAACCACUUUGCAAAACAUGCUCACCCUACUCAGCGAGGAAGUCAAGGAGGACGCGCAUGUUGGUGAAUUGCGGGAUGAUGACGAGCCUGUGGAAAAUGGGAUUUUGGAGGAGGAAGAAGAGGAGGAAGAGGACCAGUACUUUAGUGACAGCUGGGACAUUUGAAGCGGAUGCAGGUUGUGUUUUAUGAGCACGCACACUGGGAGCCUGACCUGCACUCUGACCACAUUUCUAUUUAACGUAAAGCCGCACUCAAAGUCAUUUACAAGCAGCCCUCUGUGGAACUGAGCAAAGUCUCCAGUUGUUGCUAACCUUAACUUAAAAACACAUUCUAUACAACACUUGCAAUUCAAAUUCUCAAAGUGCCUUCAGGCUUCUCAGUCGACUGUUUUUUUUCCCCCCAGUUAAUAUCAAGAAAUGAAAUGUCUACACUAGUGUUUUCAAUUGAAGGUUUAUUUUUGUGUUCUAAACUAUGUACUAACCCGAAAACUCCAAUGACCAAAACAGAGAAUGUAAACACGGAAGCCCCAAAUUUGUACCACUUUUUGCAUUAUUUGUGGGAUAAAGAAGACAAUCUUCUUUUUUUUACAUUAGCAUACAUGCACACAAACUAACUGUUUUAUUUUUUGAUCCAGUGGCUUUUUUUGUGUGUGUUUUUUUCUUUGCAAGUGGACUUAAUGUAAUUUUAUGUAUGUGGUGCUAACUUGAACACUGUUGCUAGUGAUGAAAAUCUUAUAUUUAUAGUAUUAGGGCUACAUUGAUAAAAAAGUUGUAAGGUUAAGGUGAAAACAAGAAUAAAUUCAAAACUUUUCAAACACUGAUAGAUUUUUCUCUCUUGUAAAUAUAUAACACGACUUAAUCCUUCCUAUUUUUAUUUAUUAUUAUUCCCUCUUUUUUUAAUUUGAUGAAAGUAAUAAUUUUUCCCACAAUAUACUAUCAAGAUUUUUCUUCUAGAAAUUUGAGUUGAUACUUGUAGUAUUGAAAACAUGAGAAAUGUAUUAGUAAUACUACUACCCCCACGUUCAUUUUUUUCAAUGUGGCCCUAAUACUUAUUCAUAUAAACUAAUUUGAUUUUGUUAUUUAAAUACUUGUAAACAGUUGCAAUGUUGAAGGAAAAAAUAUCAGUUGGCAGAGAAAACAAAUGCUGUUUGCACCACUGACUGCAUGAUGACUUAUGCUAAAUCUUUUCGUACAUUCCAGACAUUUUUUGUGUCGUUUAAUGGGAUAAUCUUUUUUUUAAUUUACUGUGCAUUCCCAUAAUUCCUAUUUAUUGUCCAUCGUGUCUCACUAAUUACAGCAUGUAGCAUCAUGCCUGAUGAUGUUUCCUGCUGUUUUCUUUUUGUACCCACUUUGGUGAUAGCCCCUCACGGAGAACGUGUGGGCAUCCUUCCAGGCAAGUGGGGGCAGUGUUGACAUGUCGGCGUUAUCAAUACGCUAAUAAAGGUCCUCUAGUGAGGUCUGUAGGGGAUACAAGCUUCUUUUGUUAUCUCACCUCAGCAGCAACGCUGUGGCUAAUUGGAAGACAAAGUGGCAGAGGGCGUGCGGUGCUGAAGGUGGUGCGCUGUUGCUUUGUGUCCAUAUGAUCCAGCCUUGUGUUGCGAGCCGAGGCAGAUUCAUCCUCAAGAGUGUGGAGCCUUGCCUUGUAAACACAGCUGCAUGCCCCACACACACAAUGUCUCACUCUCAUGCUGCUGACAGGCUGAAAAGCAUUUUCCAAGCCAGAAGACUCCACCAUCUAUCAGCUUGAGGCAGCCUACAGACUCAGCCAGUCGGCUAACACACACACACACGCACGCUCACACUUACCACCAAAAUGAGCCCACCUCAUAACUGAAUCCGUUGUGGCACCACAGUGAGCCCCAUGAGGCAGUCGGUCUCGUAAAAUUGCUUGAGGAAAAAAAUCCAGAUGGUUUGCUGCAGAUACAUAUAGCAAGACAAUAUGUGCUGCAGGGUAUACUCACUUGGGAUGAAAUUGCCUCUGAAUGGGAGUACCGCCAUAUGCACUUGCUGAACCCUUUAUUAGGUACCAUGCACACUACCAUUAUAGGACCCAGGUUAAGAACUAUCUCGAGUUUGGACUUAUCAGAUAUUUUAGUGUGUCACUGUGCCAGAAAUGGACAAUUAAGAAUUUGCAUGCGGUCCUCCAUGAUGUAAAGUUGGCCAGGCAAUCACGGGUCAUGGUGAAAUGUGGGCACUUAGAGACUGCCUUUCAUUCCAAAUGUCUAUGAAAAUAGAGUCUUUGAUCCACUCUGAGCGCAAGAAGCUUCACUUGAACACUUUAUAAGCCUUUCACGUGAAUCCGGACCCACUGUGUUUAUCACUCUAAAUUACGCUGUGCAAUCAGGCGGGAGGAAAAAUUAUGCAAAAUCAAUAAAGAUCUCCAAUAAUUUAAUUGCAGAGUGUCUGUACGCCAAAUCUGCAUAUCUCUCGGUGAAGCCAUUAAUAAAGUGCCACUGAUACAAAUAAAUAACACAGCUGCGGCAACAUUGAAUAGACAGAACUCUCAUCUGUGAUCAAAACAAACAGAGGCCAAAAUAUUCUUAAAGGUGAAGUUCUCUCAUUUCUUGCGUGGGUUUUCUCCAGAUACUUCCUCCCACAUUCCAAAAAGGGUUAGGUUAAUUAAAGACUAAAUUGUCCAAUAGUCAUAAAUGUGAGUGUGAUUUACACAAGCAGAUGGACAAUGCAGGGAAAAAGAAGAAAGUAUAAAAAAAAAUCUUUACCACUAUUUAAUAUUCUUUCCCAUGAUUUUGUAAUGUCUCACUUAUUGUUAUCUCUGAAUUUUGUAUUUGUGGAAAAAAUGCUCACCAGAGCAUGCGGCUCACUGUUCCGUCCAUCUGGUGUUGACUCCCCCCGAGAGUCUUCAACCCCCCCAGCACAAUGAAAACAGUAGUGAGUGAGAAAUCUGUGAACUAUCGACCCAUAGAGUAAAAUAAAAUAGAGUGCUGGAGAGCUGUGCCUGAAACUCUCUUGAAUUGCCUUCAUGAGCAUGCCUGGCUUUAGAAUGUGAUAUACAGGUGCCUCUCAAUAAAAGUCAUUACUGUGGAAAAGUUCA